AUGGUCACACAGUUACACCUGCCUUCUGUCGACCAUCUCAUCCGGGAGCAUCUUCUUGACACAGUCAAGUUACUUGACGAGCACAGCAAAUCCAGCAAGACUCUUAGUGUAGUCGACUAUGGCCUCAUCCUAGGAUUUACCAGAUGGACUGGUCUAAGAUGUAUCGCAGAGUCGUUCUGGGCUUCGAUGCACGCUGAUAAUGUUGUCCCGGAUCUCAAAUGUUACAACAAUUAUCUGGGUGCCAUUGUUUCGAACCUGCGUCAUGAUCCAGAUGCUAGACACAGUCGUCGGUUGAACGCUUAUAGAACCAAGGCGCGAUCUCGGGAAACCCCUAGUGCAAGACAUGCAGCCUAUCGCUUUGGCAAUCGGGGUAUAAAGCAGGAGGCGAUGGACUUCCACCGCGAGAUGGUGAAGAAUGGAAUCGUGCCGGACGAAGAAACGUUUCGCCUUCUGAUACUCGGUGUGUCCCGAGAAGGAGAUCUUGAUACUGUCAAGAAGAUCCUAAGGCAAGUAUGGAGUAUUGAUGUCGAUGCCGUUGUCGGCGAUCUCGAUGCAGGUGAUGCAGCGCGAGAGCUUCGCAUCUCACCAACGUCACCUUUGUAUCCGACCCCAUCCCUAGUGUAUGCUAUCGCGCACGCUUUCGGCAUCAACAAUGAUAUUCCAACAGCUCUUCGUCUGGUGGACCACGUUUCACGGACCUACAAUAUCAAAGUACCCGAUUAUGUCUGGCAUGAGCUUUUUAACUGGACGUUUGUGCUUUCUAGACCUCGUCAGGCAUCUAGAAACGAACAAACCUACUUGGCCAAGGCUAGUGUAAAGAAUAUUUGGGACGUGAUGCGAAACCAGCCCUACAAGGUGCAACCGACCAUCGACAUGUACAACAAACUCAUCAAGAGUCUCUUCAAGCAACAAAGGACCAAAGACAUGUGGUAUUAUAUGUGCGAGGCAUUGCCACUGUACGAGGCAAUGCGCACAAAGACUCGAGAGUUGUACGAGACACUGCGAAAUGCUCUUGGACCUUCAGGUACUGAUGGAGACGAGACUCGCCCGAUCGGAAGACUCCACCAAGAAUACGCUCAAAGCAGACUUGCACAGAAGUCUGCUCGCCUAUGGCUCAAACGCUGGGUGCGUCUUUUGUUAGCAACUAUGCACACAUGGCGCAAAGUCGAUAGAGAUCUCUUCUGGAGCACCAUCCAGAUACCCAAGGUCAUCCUUGAGUGGCAAGAGUUCAUGCCCAGUAACGCGUGGUAUGACAUUUCUGCAGGCAGAGUGGACAUUACACUUCGCACAUGGCAGGAGAAAGUGUCGUAUCAGACGGAGAUCAUGGAUGUCAUGGACUUGAAUGACAGAGUUCUGGACAAGGGUGGCCUGUUAAAAACACAUGACGGCAAUCGCUACAUACUAACUCGUCGGCAACAAAGAGCUGCAGCUCGACUUGUGUAUAUCAGUGAACAGAGCAAGGUUAAGGAAGGUCGAACAUAUCAGAUUGAGCUCCAGCCUGAUCAUGAGUAG